AUGGAGGACGUCGCGGAGAAGAAUGCUCGGCAGGCGGAAUUGGACAGGGCAAAGGAAGCAGCGGAGGACAAGCAGGCGGUAGCGGGGUCCAGAUCGCUGUUGGGCAUGGGCUGGAACGCGGCGUGGUUCACAUUACAGACAUCCAAGGACAUUGCAGUGGGGUUGUACCACGGAGGAGAUUAUGUGCGAAGCAUCUUGUAUCCGCCAGAAGACAAACAGAAGAAGGACAAGUAG